AUGCAGGCCAGCCUCCUGAGAGCAGAGGAGGGGGAAGGGGACGGGGCCGGCGCGGGGGAGGAGGUGGUGCAGAUCCGGCUGGGGGACAAGUGCUACCCGGUGUGCAAGAGGAAACUCAUCGAGCAGAGCGACUACUUCCGUGCCCUGUACCGCUCGGGCAUGCGGGAGGCAGGGCAAGGCCAGGAGGAGCAGCUGCUGCGCGGGGGGCUCAGUGCCCUGGGCCUGGAGCUGGUGCUGGACUUCAUCAACACCUCCUGCCUGGCCAGGCUGGAGCAGGAGGAGGAGAGCGAUGAGGAGCCUCCCUUGCUGGAGGAACUGGUGGAGGCCGCUUCCUACCUGCAGGUCACCCCCUUGCUCCGCCUGCUUCUCUCUCAGGUGAAGCUGGGCAAUUGCUUGGAGCUGCACCGCCUGGCUCAGGUCUACGGUCUCCAGGACUUGCACGAUGCCUGUCUAGACUUCAUGGCUGCCCAUUACCAUCAGGUGCUGAGGAGGCCUGAUGCUCGGCCACAUCUCCUUCUGCCCCAUGCUCUUCAGCAACACUUGAAGGAGAGGCGGAUGAAGGGCACUGCCACCCUUGUGGCCAUCGGGGACUUCAUGGGUGCCUCCUCCCUCGGCCAGCCUCCUGGCUGUCACCCACAGGUGGAAGCUCCCUGGUCAAUGCUGAGGUAUGAUGAGGAGGCCCAGAGGUGGCUGCCCCUGGCCAACAACAUGCCCCCUGAUCUGGUGAACGUCCGAGGCUAUGGGUCCGCGAUGCUGGACAACUACCUGUUCAUUGUCGGGGGUUACCGGAUCACCAGCCAGGAGAUCUCCGCUGCCCACUGUUACAACCCUUGCCGAAAUGAGUGGAGUCAACUGGCUUCAAUGAACCAGAAGAGGUCCAAUUUUAAGCUUUUAGCUGUAAACGGAAAGCUCUAUGCCAUUGGUGGUCAAUCCCUUUCCAAUGUGGAGUGUUACAACCCAGAAAACGACUGGUGGAAUUUCGUGGCAUCCAUGCCAAACCCUCUUGCAGAAUUCUCGGCUUGCGAGUGCAAGGGCAAGAUCUAUGUUAUUGGAGGAUACACGACACGAGACAGGAAUAUGAACAUUUUGCAGUACUGUCCCACUUCUGAUUCCUGGACCAACUUUGAACUGUGUGAUGUCCAUGUUCGAAAGCAACAGAUGCUCUCUGUUGAAGAAACUAUAUACCUAGUAGGGGGCUGUAUUCAUGAACUUGGACCAAACCAAAAAUCCAGCCAAAGUGAGGAUGUGUUAACUGUGCAGUCUUACAACAUUGCUACCAAAGAAUGGCUCUACCUCAAAGAGAACACAUCAAAAUCAGGUCUUAACUUGACUUGCACUCUCCAUAAUGAUGGAAUUUAUAUAAUGAGUAGGGAUAUUACAUUAUCUACAAGCUUGGAGCACCGUGUGUUUCUUAAGUACAAUAUAUUUACAGACAGUUGGGAGUCACUAAGACGCUUUCCCACCUUUGGACAAAACAUGCUGAUCUGUUCUAUAUAUUUGCCUGAUGUGUGAGAAGUGUAACUGUGUCAGGUUUUUCUUCUCAGGUCAUUAAUCAUUCUUGUAAAAAAUAUUGCUCCCCCUAAAUAGUUCCAGUUUCAGAGUGUAAUGUGGUUGUAUAAUGUGGGCAUA